AACAAAAUGGCUUCACCCGGUUCAACUGCAGAUAUGCCCUCUCGACAAACUGCACCCGUUAUGCUUGAAAAUUUAUCGAAGGAGCUUAGUACCAAGAAAUACUCUACCACGGACAAUGUAAUGGGGUGAGCGUCUCCUAUGCAGAGCCAUUCGCUUGCCAGGCUUCUUUAGCGCGCCUUGUGUGCUACACUACAAUCACUACCCAUGAAGAAUACUCAAUUCCUGUGAUAUUCAACCUACAGCCAGUAUAUACAUUUAUGUCUGAAAAUAUCGCCAAAAUGAAGGGAGAGAAAAUAGCUUGUCAGGACCUGCGACAGUACCUGUACAGCAUCGAUAAUUAUCGCCAAGCUAGCAUGCUUCGGAAAGGACGAGAGGUGCACAAAAUAUAUUGUGAAGUUCACAAGGGACCAAGUUUCCUUGACGACCGAUUCACAUUGACAGAGUUUGGAAAGAUGGUGCUCCAAAAUGGAUCGGUCAGAGCUGGAAGAGCUAAAAAUGUUCGUCAUAUUGUCAUGGCAAGAGAGACUUUGUACUGCAGUGGGACAAAUUCAUGCAAGAGAGGAUGUGGUGGAUUCGGAGUUUGUGUCCCAGGAUGUGAGAAACACAAAGUUCGUGGUCAUAAGUGUAGUUUUCGUGUGAAACUGACAAUGAGGCUAGGCUUCGCAGACUUCUGGUUUGUGGAAGUUUUGGGCAACCAUUCAAACUUUACCGAUGAGCCUGACCCUACUGCAACUGACGUGAAAAGAAUGGUAUCAGAAUACGAAGGCUAUACACAGACUGUAGUUCCUGCAAUUACUUCCAAUAAUGCCAGUGAAGAGAAGAAAUUGGUCCGUAACCCUGGAAAGCGUGGUGCUAUAUCUAUUCCCGAAGUCUACUGUAACUCCCCAAGUCUGACAGUAACUAGUCACCAUUUGAAUAUUCCUGUAUUUCCUGAAACAUACUCACUCAACUCUGUGAACCAUGUCCAGUCACCCGCCCAGUCCACACCCACUUCUCAGGAUGGCAAUACUCAGUUAUCUCCCAUCACAAUGGCCAUUAAACAGGAGCCAGUUGAUGAUGCGUACCUCGGAGGCGUCAUGCUAGCAUACGCAAAUGGUCAUGGAGCCAUCCAGCCUCGGCAAUUAAAUGAGAUUAAUCAUGUGGAAAACAAUAAUGAUGUCUCCAGUAUGACCGACGAUUCUGUGGUAGAGACUCAAACUUACGAGGACAGUCACACAAACGAUGACAUCGAAGAGGAGUAUGUUGAUAUGAUAACAGAGGAAAGUGACAACGAAGAAAAGGACUUGUUAACGCGAGUCCGUCAGUUGGAGGCUCACGUGACCCAGCUGAGAAAUAUUGUGCUCAAGGGAGAGGUGAAGGUUGAUUGCAAGAAGAAACUGAAGGUCCAAAGAGAGUUUGAUUUCUCAAAGUACAACACUCGUCACAUUGCCUUGAAGAUAGCGUACCUGGGGUGGGACCACCAGGGCUUUGUGGUUCAGGAAGAGACAGACAAGACCAUCGAGGCAGCUCUCUUUGACGCCCUGCUCAAAACACGGCUCAUUGAAUCCAGAGAGGUGUCCAACUAUCACCGAUGUGGGAGGACAGACAAGGGAGUCAGCGCUCUCAGCCAGGUGAUAUCUAUUGACCUACGGACCAACCUACUUGAUGGGCCAGGUGUGAAACAGAGGGAUGGUGGUUCAGCCAACCUCAGACAAGGUGAAAAGAGUACCGAGAUUCGCUAUGUACAUAUUCUCAACAAAGUUCUUCCCCCCGAGAUCAGGGUCUUGGCCUGGGCACCAGUAGAACACAACUUUAGUGCUAGAUUUAGUUGUAAACGAAGGACUUACAAGUAUUACUUCCCCAAAGGAAAUUUGGAUUUGGGAGCGAUGUGUGAAGCAUCAGCUAAACUGAUAGGAGAGCAUGACUUCCGCAACCUUUGCAAGAUGGAUGUGGGCAAUGGUGUUGUCAACUUCACAAGAAGAAUCUUAUCUGCAGAGAUCAAGAUUUUAGAUGAAAGAGAAAAUGGGUACCAGAUGUGUGAGCUGACAAUAGUGGGUCAGGCCUUCCUGUGGCAUCAAGUACGAUGUAUUGUGGCCAUCCUCAUGCUGGUCGGACAGGGCAAGGAGGGGCCAGAUAUUAUUGAUGAAUUGCUGAACAUCGAACAGAACCCCAGAAAACCUCAAUACACGAUGGCCUCAGAAAUACCUCUUGUGCUGUAUGAUUGUGAUUUUGGAGAUGAUGUUGAGUGGGUCUAUGAAGCAGACUGGCAUGAAGACAACAUCCGCCAUCUUCAGCAGCUGUGGGCUCAACAUGCAGUCAGGGCAGCCAUGAUUAAAGGCAUGUUGGACCAGCUUGACACAGCUAAAGUUGAAACAGAGUCUGACAUUGCUCCAUGGAAUGAGUUGAGUGCACCCAUUCUGCAGCAGUCAGAAUGGCUCACACCGGGCAACAAACCCAGGAUAUACAGGCCUUUGCUGGAACGACCCAUGUGCGAUAGUUUAGAAGACAGAAUUGAACAUUUUGCCAAGCGUCGGAAGACUGGCCAUCACACAGAACACAGUGAAGACAAUGGAAAUGGACAUUCAUGAAAUUAACUUCUAGGAUUUCAUGGAAAAUUGGCUCCCACUGUAUGUGUGGAAAAUUUCCAGUCUGACAACCGGGUCCACUUGCAAACCUACUGAACUGAGAAACAGUAUGGCUUCCGCUUAUGGCUUCCACAUAUGGUGCAAACAUGUAUUAAUGACCCUUCCUUGACUCUUCUGCUUUGGGAGUUAACAAUGUUGACACAAUCAUUUUCCUCUUAUUCCUGAGGAAUUAAAAAUGUUAACACAAUCAUUUUCAUUUGCUUAUAUAAGGCAAUCUGUAGUCAAUUCUUUUACAAAUUAUUCUUUACAAGAAUAGUUUUUAUUUUUCAAACUUCAUGCAAGGGUACAGAAUGAAGUCAUGCCUCUGAAGUUUGACAGCAAAAACCUCAAUCCUUUUCUUUGCUAUCAGUCUUUAUAUUGAAGAUGUAUUAGAUAUGGCUACUGCGAUCGAGUCAGAUAUGACUUUGAUGGUGUAUUAGAUUUAUCUUGAAGCCUGCCUUGGUGCAAUUUGUGGAAUUUAUUUAUGAUCUGCUUCUGGCAUCGUUUUUUAGCUUUUCUUUAUGCUAAACCUUUUAAGACUGAAUUUUGGUGAGAAAAAAGUGAUUGGGGAUGUUUGUCAGUGAAGGUUGAAGGUGAUGGAAUUCUAGGGUCAUUCUUUCUGCCUCUUCCUAUUGUCUUUGUAUAUGAGAUUGAACCAUGCUCAUUAAACACAUUCCCUUUUGCAUUUAACUUACAACUGGACAACUUUAGAUCUUUUAAUUCAUGACUUGCGAUAUGUUUUUUACGUCAUUCCUUGUGUGAAAAACCUCAGUCAUUAAAUAAUUGCAUUUUGCUUUCAUUAUUUUCACUGCCUCAUGAAAUUUUAAGUUUGUUUUUAAGUUAUAUACAAGAAAAAGAAUCUGUGUUUUGCAAUAUAGUCUUUGAAUUUGCAGUUAUGAUUGCAUUGUAGUGGUUAAAAUUGAAAUCAGUAGUGAAAUUAAAUUGGAAAUGCCUACAGCUCGUUUGUCAUUUGGCACAUUUGACACUGGGUUGUACAGUUAAAGAUAUGAUGACAGCCUUCUACCAUGUAUACUCAGUGCACAAAAUCUGUGUUUGUCAGGAAAGUAAGUAUGCACAGCCCUUUCAUCUUCAUCUUUGUACAACUAACAUGAACUUGCAAGAGAGAUGGCAGUUGGAAUAGUGCCAGUAUUUAUGCCUUUCAAGUCUUUUCAUAUAUCCUUUACAGUUCCAUCCAUAAUUGUUCACCAAUGCAGGUAUAAGUUACUUGUACAACUGGUCAGUUUCCAGUAGGGCAGUCAUUGAAAAUAUCAAUGUCUGUACACUUACGUCUCCUGAUGCUGUAUAGGUAGACGAUGACGAUAUCGGUACAGGUAUAGUUGUUGCUGGGGUACCCCCCCUUUACAUGGCCUUCUUUAUUGAAAAUUAAUUUCUUUUGUCAACUGUGUUGAAUGUUAAAGGAAUUAAAACCAAAACAAAUGUCAAUGUUAACAAACAUGGAAUCUUUUUCCUCACAUUGUGAUCCUUGAGUUUUUCGUACACCCAGAAAUGUAAAUGCAAUGUUCUGGUCUCGGUCAAUGUAUUGAUAAAAAAAUACUUUUCAGAUGAGAUAUCAACAUGAAAUAUCCUUUCAAUGUCAGUCGUAGUUCAAGUAAAAUUAUCAACCAUAUUUGCAUAAAUUCUUAUUUGCAAAAGGGAGACUUUGUAAUAAUGAGGUUGUUGAUGCUUGGGGGCUUCCAUACUGAAGGACAGCCUCUGGCAGUGCCAAACAUUGCACUCACUGAUAUUAUUCCAGUUUGUUGAUGUAUGUUAACAUAUAUGUGUUUCUAAAUGGCCAGGCAGACUGUAUAAAUUAUUCGUUAUAACGUGUCCGUGCUUCCACAUGUAUUAAGAUAUUUGUUUAUUGUGCCAUAUAUGAUUUAUUUACUCUUGUAGGUGGUGCAUGCAGUAGUCUUGGUAUUUUGCAUGAUGGAUGGUAAUUUAUUUGUUGGUCAGUAAGUGAGAAACACAUGGGCAGUGGUCAUAGAGGCUUAGAGGGACCUUGAAGUCAUAUCUGCAGAUAAUUAUUGCACUUUAUAUCAAGAGAAUACAAAGACUUGGUAGUUGUCAGGUCGAAGUGUUUGUAACUAGUCAAAUAGUCUGCUCAAUGAUUAAGAUGUUCAUAAACUGUGAAAACAUUUCCAUUUGUGUGUGAUCACAAGGACACGUACACUAGUUUCUACUGGAAAGAACUGGUUAAGUUCUAGAAUGUCUUCACCUAUGGUUGUUAUCAGCUGUAUUGUCCAGCUAUGGAUAUAACUGAAAUUAUGACAUGUUUCAGCCUUACCAUAGAAUUCUAUGGGUUUCCUCCUCAUCUCUGGUAACGAUAUAAUCAGUAUUGUCAGUUUGUUUCUGUCAUACUGUCAUAUGUUAUGAAGAAUCUCCACAUUUGGUGCUGUUCUAGUUCCAUUUACAUUGUUUCCAGAAAGCCCUUCUGAGACAUCAUGGAAACAAUUUGACGUUCGAGAAUUACACAUGCUCAAGUUGAAUAGUAUUCUCUCUGACAAUUGAAUGAUUAUAUUAUUUCAAGUAAGCCUGGUUUUAUGGAUUUUUUGCAUCAUUUUCAUGUGAAAUUCAAUGAAUUAUUUUGAAAUUUAAGUUACCAGGUUCCAAGAUUUUAUAGAUGUAGAAAACCUAAUUUAUUCAUGUCUAAAGAUUUUUUAGAAAAGUGCUAUGUGAAAGAAAAACUAAAUGUGCAUUUUAUUUGGAAACUAGUUUGUUUUUUGUAAUGCAAGUUUAACUGUACGCUAAAAGAAUAAUAGCCAGUUUUCUUUGAAAGAUAAAAUAUAGAGCUCAGUUUGAAAAAGAUUCACCAGGUACAUAUUAUUUCAAGUGCUAUGUAGUUUAGUGUAUGCAUGCCACACCUAGUCAUUGUUAUGCAUGCUAUAUAUUGAGACAUUGUUAAUUAUUGUGUAUGUCAUGUUGCAUGUAGAUUUUGCCACACCAGUUAGUCCAUACUCAUUUGUACAAAUAUGUAUCAAUAUGAAUAUCGAUCUUCCAGUUUUACUGACAAGCUUUCAUUUUUAAAGAGAAAUGGUGCCAAAACUACACUCACACAAUGGGUCAGAGAACUUUCCUCGUGUUACUUGUCAACGGCUCCAGCUUUUUUAAGGUGCUCCAUGAAGAAUAUAGAGAAAGCAUCCCUGGUUAUGGUUAUGUGUUUUAAGAGCUUCUAACAAAAUACUCAUCAGCUGUUUGUCAUGGUGGUGAUGCUGAGGUUUCUAGUCAUUUCAUCAUCAUUGUGUACUCUUGGUCAGAGGCAUUGUUAUCACUGGCACAGUUUAAUUGUAACUUGAGCUGACUCUGUAGGACGUGUUUGCUUGGAUGCUAUAUCCUUUGACGUGAGUUGCAAGAUGUGUCCGAAUCAUGAGUGGCAAUACAAUAGAUGUAGUAUGUACUCAAAUGAUAUGUCCCAAUUCUGCCAUCAGUAACUGUCAUUUUGCGAAUCAUUGUCCUCGUAAUAAACAAUCUUUUAUAUCCAGGACAUCAAGUUUGAAUCAAAAUUUAAAAAUGUACAUAUUUGCAUUACCUCAAAUGGUUUUAAUGAGUUUAGGCCAAUCACAUCUCAAAAUCCAGAUUGUAAAACCAACUCUCACACCAUUUGGGCAAAUUGAGACUUUGAAAUUGAGAUUCAUAUCUAGAUUACUACACGAAAUCUGGCAGGUGAAUUAUGUCCUAACAUAAUCUCUCAUCGAUAUUAAUACUGUUGAAUAGUUGCCAUUUGGUGAAAAAUUGUUACAAGAUGUAUUUACCAUUUAGUCAGUUAACAAAAUUAUGUGAGGCAGUAGAAUAGCAUGUCCACAUAGGUACCCGCAUAUUGUAACCCAGAUCUACCCUUUUCUUGGGUAAAGUGUCUUCUUAAAUUACAAUCAAACUGUGUCCUUGUUUUCUUGUUCUAUGUACAUGUAUGUAAGGUGGGUUUUCACACCCGUUGUCUUGGUGAGUGUACGGAUUUGUCGGUGCAUGGGUUAGUAUGUCUCUCACAGUAUUAUUUCACACAUGUUAUUGUUUUGUGCAAAUUUAUUUGAUAUUUUAUGCCAUUGUCACUGUUUAUAUUGAAUAUGAAUUUGGAUGUCUGAAUUAUAUCACAAGAAAAGUGUAUUUCUACGUCAUAUUUUUCAAGUACAGGGUCACUAGGAAUUAUCAGUUACAUGUACUUCAUGAUUUUAGAUCUAUUACCAGUAUAUUCACAGAUUUUCCCGUUGUCUCUGGAAAAAAAUGCCCUAGUCAUGUUUUCAGAUACCGGUAUGUAGUUGUUAAUGUCUAUAAAGAGCAUUGCUUGUAUUCCUAGUAAACAGCUCCUAGUGAAUUUUGUUUAAGACAAGCCGCAAGAAAUAUUUACAAAUAUUUACACAUGCAGGUUGACUGAUGUUAAGAGUGAUGCUACAAAUUCUGUUUCUAAAACACAUUGAAACCUUUAAUUUCUUGUGGUAAAAUGUCUAAAUGUUGUUACAGUAAAGACUCAAAUAAGCUUCCAUCUUUUUAUCACAACACUGAACUAUUUUCAGUUCAUGAAUUAUGAAAUUUAUAACUGAUUUUUAUGAAUUUCAAGUUGAGAUAUUGUUCUUGAAAAUUGACAGAUGUGAUAUUCCUGUGAACUACAAGCCAGACUUUAGCAUUAUAUACAUAUUUAUUAUCAUAGAAUAUUGUUUUAGACUUUACCAAAGUAUUCACAUCACUUUAGUAUUCACACCUUAGUAUUGUUUGAUGCCAAUCUGUUACUUGUGUGCAUCUUAAUACGAAAUAUUCUCAUGUUUCAGACACACUAGUUCGAGAAUAUGUUGUUCAAAUAUAUAUAUCAUGAACUUUGUCAAAUGUUGGUUCUCGAUCAUGACAUCAAAUGAUUCUGUCCAUGAAUUAAUGGAAGUAAAUAUAAAUUUUGUUCGUAUUAAGCUUUUAAAUAUUUGUUCUUGAACAGGAAGUCAAAUAUUAGAAAUCUUGUUUCCUAGUUAUCUCUUUCUUUUAUUAAUGUUGUGAUUUAUCAAAGUCAACGAAUAAGUUGUAGAAGUUACUGAAGUUACAGCAAUGUAGUAGUAAGGAUGGUCUUUUUUGUUACUAUAUUUGACCUGUUAAGGUACAACUCCUUGUUAAAAGUAUUAUAGUCAGCAUGUCUAAACACUUAAAGCAAGUCAGUGUUGUGGAAGGUUUAAGUCAGUCCUUAACUCAAUUUCGAGGUGUUCAAAUCAAGAGUACUCAGAUAUAACGUGUAAUUUCUUAAAAUAUGUUGCCAAUAACCGCAGAUUGGCCCUGAUCAUUGCAAGAACUUGAACAGAAGAAAUCCUCUCCUGGCUAAUAGUACAACAUGAACAGAAGUGGUUGCCAGUUACAGGAAAAUAAGGACAAUAAAUCAAUGAAAUCAAGCUCCAUAUUGAUCAUCGGACUGAUAAAUCGGCUUCAUUUGUGUGUCAGUUUGUGCUGCCAUCUUGUUGGUCAGUUUUAAUGCUAUGUUAAGGCAUUCCAAAAUAGUAAAAUGUCCAAAGAUUGUGAGUUCGGAAAUUGUACAAUGGUCUUGGGGAUUCCUGUGCACUCUGCCCGCACAGAUCUACAGUAUAUGCAACAUUGAAUACUGAUACUCUUUACUGCAAAAGUCAUUUAUUACGCCCUUGUUACCAUCCAUGUAUUCCAUUCAGCUGGAUAUUCAAUAGUAUUGUUUCUUUUUUUUUUGUGCAUGCCUUUGUUGAAAAUAAGUCACUUUAGUAGCCUCUGUAACUUAAUAUUAUUAAAUAAACUGCCAUUGUCCUUA